UGGCGCCAUCAUGGCGGCUCGUCGCGCUACGCAGAUGGAGCAGCUGUUCUUGGAGCAGGUGAAACCCGCCAGUGACGCGGAGGCGCCCUGGCUUAAACACGUCUUCAGCUUCGUCAAACUCCAGGUGUGUCCGCUGCUCAGUGGCCCCUCCCCCUCUGCUGAUGACGAUUCACUGACAGGUGUGUGUGUCUCUCUGAGUGUGUGUGUGGUGAAGACUCUGCGGGACACGAGCGUCACACACACUUUACCUGUGAGCUACAGGCUCGUGUCCAUCUCUGAGCUCGUCUCUCGUCAGCACCUGGCCUGCGUCAGUUGUCUGUCCUGGAACACCAAUCAGCAGCGAGUGUGGGCGGGGGAGGCGGAGCUUUCUCUGCCAGGUAACAAGGCUCUGCCGCGGGUCAACUUGUUGCUAAUUGGCUGUCUGAAAGAGGGGCGGGGCGGAGAGUGGAGUCUGGUGGACAACAGCGGGAGCGUCCGGUGUGAGUUCCUGUCUCCCUCGCCACAUUGGCUCGAUCGUUUCGUCUUCCUAUCUCACUGGAACUACAUCCCCCAUGAUGCCCUGGGGCACGAGGGGGUGGGGGGCUAUGUGGAGGCAAUUGGUUCUCCUGUGCUGCUAUAUCCCGGUCCUGAACAGGGAUUGGCUGCUGGUGCUGGAGGAGGGGCGGAGCUUAGAGGAAUGGGAGUCAAAGAGGUUGCAGGUUUACUGCACAGCAGGGUCAGAGGUCAGCGGUUCUCCGUCUUUGGACAGGUGACUUCAGUGUGCCCCCUGCUGGUCGUAGCAGGAACAACGUUCUUCUGCUUCACACUGACGGAAGGCAAACACAGUGUGCCAGUCCUCGUGAAGGACAGCAGCAGGUUAUGGUGGUCUCAGUGUGUGUGUGUGGGUCAGAGUGUGUGUGUGUCUGCACUGCGUGUGUGUGUCCUCCGCGGCUGGAGAGGAAACAACAUCCUGUGUGUGACCGAGCAGUCUGAAAUACACACCGACAACUACACAGCAGCACACACACAAAGUAAGUCCCAGGCAGACACGCCCCCUGAUGAUGGUGAUGAUGAGGAGGAUGCUGUUGCUGAUGAGGACAACUGUGAGGAGGCGGAGCCUAGGAAAGAUGUCCUCCUAUCAGGUGUAAGAUUGAAACAGGCCCGAAUCAUCAGCUACCAGGGCAUGGUGACAGAGGUGGUGAGUGAGGGGGCGGGACUUUAUGUGCUGGACAGGAAGGUGGGCCUGUGCCUGGCCUAUCAGCCGACUCUGAGGAGGAAACUGAGAGCAGGAGACUGUGUGGAGCUCCAUAAUGUCCACUUCCUGUAUCGACCCUGUCCUGACUUUCCUCCCAGCAUGCUUUGCACAUGUCUGCGCUCCAGCGUCAGGGUCACCAGCUUCAGCAGAGUGGGAGGGGCUCAACCUCACCCCGCCUGUCCAGGUGAUGGAGUGUUACCACGGUUACUGCUGGAGAAAAAUAUGGGUGUGUCCGAGUACCUGUGGACGUGUCACUUGAGCUCCCGCCUGUCGUGCAGUCUGGUCCCCAGUAUGUUGCAGAACCAGUGUGUGUGUGUGUUGUCCUGGAAACUGAUGGAGUUUGUGUGGAGACGAGGACGAGGGCGAAGGGACAUCUAUUCCGAGAUGUUGGACGAGCCUCACACUUGUCCUUUGUCUCAGUACACUGUCCACCACGCUGUGCAUCAGUACGUCAGUGUCUCAGAGCUGGUGCACUCUCUUGAGUCCCACUGCUGGUCCUCGGUGUCUCUCAGCUCUCUGCUGCCCUCUGGUGGGUCCAGUCUGACCAGGUCUGAGAUCAACAUGAGGCUGGCCUGGUCCUGCAAGACGGAGACUUCCGACCUGGAGGACGGGUGUGAGACAGGAAGUACCCACAGGCAGCGCCCCCUGAUGCUGGUAGGGGUGUUGGAGCUUCCAUCCCAGACGUCUGAACACAAACACACUCUGCAGCUCAGGGACGGCACAGCAGCUGUGACCUGUGUUGUCACGGAAACCACUGGGGAAGAAGAGGCAGGUCAGAGGGCGGCCUUUAAUACUGCCUGGAUAGGUUGUCUGGUGUGUGUUCAUCAGUUCACCAUGGUAACUGAGAGAUUCCUCCACUCAGAUUUUCCAUCCUACCAACACCUUGACCAGGACCAGUUCAUCACAGACAAACACUGCAGAGUUUACCUGCAGUUUUCUCUCAAUCGCCUUCACAUCCUGAGUCCAUCUGUCGCCAUGGAAACUCACCUGAGACAGAGGCGGGCGGAGUCAGGAGAUGAUGUCACAGUCAGGAAACAGUUGGCAAAAGAGAGGAAGAGGCAAAGGAGUGAGGAAGAGCCAGAAGUCUCUGCCUCCUCUGUUGCAAUGACAACAGGCCCUGGGGGCGGUGUCUGCAGGGCCUGUGUUUCCAUGGUGUUUAGGGUAGAGCAGAAGGAGGGCGUGGCCUGGAGGAAUGUGGGAGUGGGAGUUGAUGAACAGGGGGAGGGGUUGAUGCUGUACUUCACUGCUCGAGCUGCUGUGAUUGGUCCAGUGGUCAGCUGGGGGUGGGACCCAAAGAACAGCCCAAUGAUGGAGAGAGAGUCAGGGAGCGCGACCGAGCAGAAGGUCGUCCUUGUAUUUUCAGGUGUGUCCACUAGAUGGUUCCCUCUCCUCCACUCUGGAUGUUUCUACAGACUCAUUGCUAUUAACACUCAGGACACAAGCAUUUUGAUUGGCUGUGGCGUCACUGGGCGGAGCGGGGUGGAACUGCACGCCGACACCACCCUUCAGGUCCAAGCUGACUGGAGGUUCCACACCCUGACACGACCACUGCUGCUGCACACCUGCAGAGAGGUUGUCUCACCCACAGUCCUGUCUGUCUCCGAGGUGUUUGACUGCAGCUCAGAGCUGGUGUGUUUUCAGGGUCUACUGUCUGACAGGAUCAGUUUAAACAACAGGACAGCUGAUUCUGGACACACAAACAAAGCUUCAGGUGUGCGCCUCACCAUAUGUGACCAAAGUGGAAGGAGUCUACAGGUGUACAUGGAUUUAAGCAACACCCCCUACCCACCCGGCUUGUUGCCAGGCAACACACUGCUGCUGUCUGCUCUGCAGAGGAAGUUGUCAAGGUCAGGUGGUGUGUACUGCAGGUAUUUACCUGUCAGCUCAGUAACUGUCGUGUCACUGGGAGAUAAAAGAUUGGCUCAGGCUCCUCCCGCUCCCACGAUGCACCUGGGUCUUUGGACUCUGAACAAGGAGCAGAGGUUCACUGAGGCCCAGGUCAAAGGUCACGCAGUGUGUUUCCUUUUUCUGCAACUGCAGUGGAGCUGCUCUCUCUGUGGGAGUCUAUACACACAGUCCUGCUGUAGUUCUCAGUGUCGCUCGACCUCCUCAGUGUUCGAAUCCAAAGCAAAGUUGGUGAUUGACGACGGCACAGGUGAGGCUCAUGUCUGGUUCUCAGGUGCACUGGUUCGUCCUCUGCUGGGAUUGGCUGAUUCUCAGUGGGAGGGGCUUCAGCGAGCCCUCAGGGUCAGAGGUCACAUCAGAGUCUAUCCUCGGGGGCGGAGCCUGGUGUGCGACACUGACGCAGAUGACUCUCUCUUCAACUUCCUGGUGUGUUUGUGCAGCAGUGAUGUUGUGUGUCGCCCCCUGUCUCUCACCUGCAGGAAGAACAACAACCAACGGACAGAGGAGCCAAAAAGGUUCACUCGUGGAGACCGAGACUUCAUGACAAGGAUGACUCCGCCCCUCCAGCUCACCUGUUUGCACCUCAGCACUGAUGCAGGCUGACCCAGUCACCACCAGAGGGAGCCACUGCACUGCACCAGUUUAAUUUAUUAAAGCGUCAGUUCUUA